AGAAAGGGGCAAGCAUUUUUUGCCUCUUUUUUUUUGGUCAUGGAAAGAGGAAGGCUUUUUUUGGUUUAACGGUCUAUGAUUAAGAGCUAAUAAAGCCGAGCCUAAUACUCCCUUCGUUCCUUUUUGUUGGUCUCACCGAUUCCACACCUGGUCUAACUAUACCUCGCUCACUGUUUCCCAAAAAUCACAAACAAGCUCAAUCUGACCCUAAUUGGAAUGAUGCAAUACGUGAUAAAUAUAGUGUUAUAAUUUAAACGAGGACAUGUGAAAUGGUUCCUAGGCCAUCAAUGGUGAAUUAUGUUAAUUGCAUGUUGUUUCAACAUAUACUGAAUGUUAAUGGUGAUCUAAAUUGAGAUAAAGCAUGUUUAGUAUGUUGUUUCAACAUAUACUGAAUGUAUACCUUUCAAUACUACGCCUAGAAAUCAUUAAUAUUUAGACGGUGUUGACUUUGGCCCCGGCUCAUAAGUGGUCUAUUCACCAACAUGAAAAUGAGGAACUUUAAAAAAAAAAAUCAUAUCAAGACACCACUAAUUUCCGCUUUUACUUAAUCCCUUGGAUAGCAUGAUUAUCACACUACUCUAAUUGAUGCACGACAAUAAGCCAACAAGUAAAAGAAAACAAAGGAAGUAUGUGUAUACCUUUCAAUACUACCCUUAGAAAUCUUUUUGUUAUUACUUGGGUUUACACACACAAUAUUAAAUUAUCAAUGUAUCAACCCAUCCAUUCGUACGAAAAGUACGCAAGCAACAUUGCAUGUCUUAUUUUAAUCUCAACACUUAAUAGUUCCAUGCUUCUCCAUAUCCCACUUUCAUCUUCUUGAAGUUUCUUCCUAUUCUAAUAAUGUCCAAUUUUACAACAAUUGACUCAAUAUUCUCUCAUUCUUGAUCUAUACCUUAGUUUAUAUCAUAUAGCUAACGAUAUUUUUACGUUAGGAGACAUUGAAUGUGUAGUUUAGUUACCUUUAAGAUAGUUCUUUGGCAAUAAAAUGGAGAAGAUGAAGCUGUAUCGUAACUCCACAAUUGGUUGUUGCUUGUUGGCUGCUCUUGAGGAACUAGUUCAUGGAAAUUCCAUUUCCAAGGAAUUCGCGCUUAAAGUUGUCAAUCAAUUUGAUAAGUCUAUGUUGGAAGCUUUUCAAACUGAACAAGUUCCGGAGCACAAUUUGAUCACCUUCAAGGGAAAAUUGCAGCAAUACAAGUUCAUCGAUUCUUGUUGGACCUUUGAUUUACUGAAUGCUGUAAUUUCAGCACGAGGAAAGGGGAUAUGGUUUAAGGUUGUUGGAAAUCUGCGAAUAAUGGCAUUCAAUGGAAAGCUUGUCAACAAAAGAAUUCGUAGCUAGUAAUUUAUUUCUCUGUAGUAUUUCAUUUUGAAUGUACUGGUAUAGAAGAGUUGUAUAAUUCAAGGAGCUCUAAGCCUUUAACUGUGUAAGAUAAAUUGGAUUAAUACAGUCUUCUAAGUGCUUUCAGUAGAUGAAUGUUAAUAUGUGAAAAACAAAAAAAUUAUGCUCUUGUAAUGCGUUCACUUUAAUGAUAUUAAGUCCUAUAAGAUU